AUGGCCAGCGGUAGACCUCCCGGUCACCACCCAGCCGCUGGCCGCGAUGACGACCUGCUGCAGCUGGAGGACACGACCCCUAUGUAUAAUUCUGGACAGCGCCCGCCCGUCAACGACGACCAUUUGUUGCAACAGUACAAUAUCGAUGACUCCGAUUACCCCCAGGCGCGACCUUCAAUUUCCUAUGACCAGUUUGUCGGCGGACAGGCGCCGCCGCACUCCGGUGCCCAUGCGACAGUCUCCGCGCACCCUCCGCCGCACUCCGGGGCGUACAUAGGCGAUCCUUACAUGGGGGCCGCCAAUGUAUCUCGAACCUAUUCUCAAACCUCGGGCUUGGACAACUACCGGCGCUACUCCGUUGACGAAUACGAUGAUGGGUACUACCAUGUGGAUGAUCAUGAUGAUUAUAUGCAGUCCGAACAUCGCGUACAGGAGGCGAAUCAACGGAAUAGCAUACUGGGCUUGGGAGGGGGGCUAAUGGGAAGAGCAAAGCACAUGCUGGGCAUGGGUCAGGAAUACUCGGACAUGAACCUUCCUCUCACAGAGGCCGGUGCAAGGGCGGCACGAGUUGACAGCACCGAACACGCCGAGGGAGGCAUCCCCCCAAGUCAGAAAAAGUCGAGGAAGUCGGAUUUCAAGUUUGGGUUCGGGCGGAAGAAGGUCGACCCUUCGACACUUGGACCUCGCAUGAUCGUGCUGAACAAUCCCCCGGCCAAUGCGGUGCAUAAGUUCGUCGACAACCACGUCUCUACCGCGAAGUAUAACAUCAUCACCUUUAUUCCGAAGUUCUUAUACGAACAGUUCUCGAAAUACGCCAACCUGUUUUUCUUGUUCACUGCUGUCCUCCAGCAAAUUCCAAACGUGUCGCCGACAAAUCGUUACACCACAAUUGGUCCGUUGUUGAUCGUGCUGUUGGUCUCUGCUAUUAAGGAACUUGUAGAAGACUAUAAACGACGCUCGUCUGACAAGUCCCUCAAUUACUCGAAGACUCAAGUUCUGAAAGGAUCAGCAUUCCACGAAACGAAAUGGAUCGAUGUCGCGGUGGGAGAUAUCGUUCGUGUUGAGUCAGAGCAGCCCUUUCCCGCCGAUUUGGUUCUGUUGGCGUCUUCUGAACCUGAGGGCUUGUGCUACAUCGAAACCGCCAAUUUAGAUGGAGAGACCAACCUAAAAAUUAAGCAGGCAAUUCCGGAGACUGCACAUUUGGUAAGCCCCGCUGAUCUUAGCCGGCUGAGUGGCCGGGUUCGAUCGGAGCAACCGAAUAGCAGUCUUUACACCUAUGAAGCUACCCUGACGAUGCAUGCGGGAGGAGGGGAAAAGGAACUCCCUCUAGCACCGGACCAACUUCUUCUUCGAGGAGCUACCCUGCGAAACACGCCGUGGGUUCACGGUAUUGUCGUCUUCACUGGCCAUGAGACGAAGCUGAUGCGAAAUGCGACAGCGACUCCGAUCAAGCGGACGGCCGUAGAGCGCAUGGUCAACAUUCAGAUCUUGAUGUUGGUCAGCAUUCUAAUCGCUCUUAGUGUUAUCAGCUCUGUUGGCGAUCUUAUUAUCCGACAAACCGCAGCCGACAAACUCACCUACCUUGACUAUGGCAGUACGAACGCAGUAAAGCAAUUCUUCCUCGAUAUAUUUACCUAUUGGGUCCUUUAUUCCAAUCUUGUCCCAAUCUCGCUCUUCGUGACAAUUGAAAUCGUCAAGUACGCCCAGGCGUUCCUAAUCAAUUCUGACCUCGAUAUCUAUUACGACAAAACCGACACUCCGGCAACCUGUAGAACGUCAUCGUUAGUCGAAGAACUUGGGCAGAUAGAGUACAUCUUUUCAGAUAAGACAGGAACCUUGACUUGCAACAUGAUGGAGUUCAAGCAGUGUACAAUUGGCGGCAUCCAAUAUGGUGAAGACAUCUCAGAAGAUCGACGAGCCACUGUAGAAGACGGAGUGGAAGUCGGGGUACAUGACUUCAAAAAGCUCAGGGAGAACCUACAAGGAGGUCAUCCGACAGCAGAUGCGAUUCAUCAUUUUCUCACACUUCUCUCUACCUGCCACACUGUUAUCCCUGAAAGAUCUGAAAAGGAACCUGACAAAAUCAAGUACCAGGCAGCCUCUCCUGACGAGGGCGCUCUCGUUGAAGGUGCUGCGACGUUGGGCUACCAAUUCACAAAUCGGAGACCUCGCUCCGUGCUCUUCACAGUAGGGGGGCAUGAGUAUGAAUAUGAGCUGCUGGCUGUCUGCGAAUUUAAUUCGACGCGUAAACGAAUGUCAACGAUCUUCAGGUGUCCAGAUGGGAAGAUCCGAAUUUACACCAAAGGUGCAGACACCGUCAUCCUUGAGCGACUUAAUGCCGACAAUCCUAUCGUCGAGGCGACUUUGCAACACCUGGAAGAAUAUGCUUCGGAAGGUCUCCGGACUCUUUGUUUGGCGAUGCGCGAAGUUUCUGAGGAAGAAUUCCAACAGUGGUACCAAAUAUACGAUAAGGCUGCAACAACUGUUGGUGGAAACCGCGCAGACGAGCUCGACAAGGCUUCAGAGCUUAUCGAAAAAGACUUUUACCUUCUUGGAGCUACCGCUAUCGAGGAUCGACUGCAGGAUGGAGUUCCCGACACUAUCCAUACGCUACAGACUGCGGGAAUCAAAGUCUGGGUUUUGACUGGUGAUCGACAGGAGACUGCUAUCAAUAUUGGAAUGUCAUGCAAGCUGAUAUCGGAAGACAUGACGCUACUAAUUAUUAAUGAAGAGUCUUCUCAAGCCACCCGAGAAAACCUAACCAAGAAGCUGCAGGCUGUUCAGAGCCAGAAUGCUUCGGGCGAAAUUGAAGCGUUAGCUUUGGUUAUCGACGGACGCUCUCUGACAUUUGCGUUAGAGAAGGACAUGGAAAAACUCUUCCUGGACCUUGCUAUUCAGUGUAAAGCCGUAGUCUGCUGCCGUGUUUCUCCUUUGCAGAAGGCCCUGGUAGUCAAAUUGGUCAAGCGUCACCUCAAAUCCUUACUUCUCGCUAUCGGUGACGGUGCGAAUGACGUGUCCAUGAUUCAGGCCGCACAUGUUGGUGUUGGUAUUAGUGGCCUUGAAGGUCUCCAAGCUGCUCGGUCUGCCGAUGUGUCUAUAGCCCAGUUCCGUUAUCUCCGCAAACUCCUCCUUGUUCAUGGGGCGUGGAGUUACCACAGAAUCAGCCGUGUGAUUCUGUAUUCUUUCUACAAGAAUAUCGCUCUUUACAUGACACAGUUCUGGUACUCCUUCCAAAAUGCUUUCUCUGGCGAAGUUAUCUACGAGUCAUGGACCCUGUCCUUCUACAACGUCUUCUUCACAGUGCUCCCUCCAUUCGCGAUGGGUAUCUGUGAUCAGUUCAUCUCUGCUCGAUUAUUGGACCGGUAUCCUCAGCUGUACCAGCUUGGACAAAAAGGGAUGUUCUUCAAAAGACACAGUUUCUGGUCGUGGAUCUUAAAUGGUUUCUACCAUUCCUUGCUACUGUACAUUGUCUCGGAGUUGAUUUUCCUCUGGGAUCUUCCGCAAGUAGACGGCAAGGUUGCUGGCCAUUGGGUAUGGGGAUCUGCCCUGUACACGGCAGUCCUUGCCACGGUCCUUGGGAAAGCGGCACUGAUCACCAACAUUUGGACCAAAUACACGUUCAUCGCUAUCCCCGGAUCAAUGGUUAUCUGGCUAGCAUUUCUUCCAGCGUAUGGCUAUGCCGCACCCGCCAUCGGCUUCUCCACAGAGUACUACGGCACCAUUCCCCAUCUCUUCAAGUCACCUAUCUUCUAUCUCAUGGCUAUCAUCCUACCAUGUGUCUGUCUUCUUCGGGACUACGCCUGGAAAUACGCCAAGCGAAUGUAUUACCCGCAACAUUACCACCACGUCCAAGAGAUACAGAAGUAUAAUGUACAAGACUACCGCCCACGCAUGGAACAGUUCCAGAAGGCAAUCCGCAAAGUGCGCCAGGUUCAGCGCAUGCGCAAACAGCGCGGCUAUGCUUUCAGUCAGGCUGAUGAUGGCGCCCAAAUGAGAGUCGUCAAUGCUUAUGAUACCACGAGAGGAAGAGGGCGCUACGGUGAAAUGACCAGUUCCAGAGCCUUAGUAUAA